GGGAGACGAGGGGAAACUACAACACAGAGAGGAGGAAAAAAAGAGGAAGAUUUUCCAAACAAAGUUCCUUCCACUCCAUUUUCUUCCCUCUCAGAAGGACAGCUGCUAAAAUCAGAGCCUCCAGCUCUCUCUGAUUAGUUUAUCUUCAGCUUUAAGAGGAGAGAAGAGUCCAUCCAAGCUAAACGUGAAGUAUGGGAGUGGAACUCCUCUUCUGCAGCCUGCAGUAAAGGACGGUUCUCUCUGACCUGCAGAGGAAGCACCGGGAUCCUCCUGGAAGAGCAUCCUCUGGGGCUCGCCGCCUCCCCUCAGACUGAAGGACCUAUUAUAGGAACAACCCCAGCAACACUUCUCAGAGGGAUUUAGCAGAAGCAGCAUCCGGGACGCUCCACCACAGCGCUGCAGAAUGGAUCUCCCACCAAUCAGAGGGAUAUCUGAUGUGCCGUGAGCCUUGGGAGCACUUCGCUCCUGCCCCGGCUUCCAGCCCCGCCGCUGCUCUCCUGGAGCAGACCCGCCUCCCUCCCUGAAAUGGAGAUGGACUCUGUGUUGUCGCUUGACCAGAUCCGCGCCAUCCGGGCCAACAAUGACUAUGUGGACCGACCUGUGGCGCUGGAACCCGCCUCUCAGUCUGGAUUUUUUUAUGCCCACGAGGACCGCUACCCUCAUGGAGUUUACCCCCAUUACCCCCAGCCCUCCUACCCAUCUGCGCUGUCCCGCAGCCAAAGUCAGCAGCAGCACGCCUACUUUCCCCACCUGAGCCGCUCCAGCACCGUAAGCUCCUCCAUGUCUCGGACCAGUGCCACCUCGGACCAGCGGCUCCUGGCAGGUUUGACGCCGUCUCACUCAGGUUCUGGUCCGGUGGUCCACGCUCAGCCUAAAGGCGAGCUAAAGCCUGACGUGGGUAAAAGCCUGCAACGUGACGAAUUUGGACUUCACCAGUUUAUCUGUGAGGAGUGCGGCCGCUGUAAAUGCCAGGAGUGCUGCGCCCCUCGCCGCCUCCCGUCCUGCUGGGCCUGCGGGCAGCGUUGCCUGUGCUCCGCCGAGCGUGUCGUCGAGUACGGCACGUGUCUGUGCUGCGUAAAAGGUUUAUUCUAUCACUGUUCUGCGCAGGACGACGAGGACAACUGCGCGGACCGACCGUGCUCCUGCACGCCUGCGCAUGCCUGCGCCCGCUGGAGCACCAUGGCACUGCUGGCGCUCUGCCUGCCGUGCCUUUGCUGCUACCCCUCUGCCAGGCUGUGCCUUGCCCUGUGUCAGUGCGCCCAUGACCGCGCCACAAGGCCCGGCUGCAGGUGCAGCAACACCAACACUGUGUGCCGCAAGAUUUCCGCCUCCAAUCCUAACUCCCAUCAUCCCUCGCUCCGCAGCAAAGCUCUGGAGAAGCCGUUAUGACAGACUCAAAGAAUCCUUUUUACUCAGCUGUGGCCAAAGCAACACCACUUAACAGUUGUGACGACAGAAGCUCGCGAUACCUGUGUAUGACAAUCCGACCAUGAAGUGUUGCCUACCCGAUGUACCUUGAAUUCUCCACCUCAGGAGGGACCAAAGCUUUACUGUGCCUGUUCCGAUUCUACUAAAGACUUUCCUGGAGAAGAAGGCACUGAAGAGCGACCUUAACCAAAAAGUCCCCUCCGCAUUCUUUGCUCAAGUCAAUGCCUGACAGAAUCUAUUUAUUUAUUGUAACUAAGCCUUCUUCCUCCCCACCCAAAGAGCUCGAGGGGCGAUGGACCAAAUCAGGAAGGAAAGACGCCCGUGGCGUCGGUCGCUGCCAACGCGCGUCUGUCCUCUCGAAACAUCCGAGCAAGCUGAGGCAGAAGCUGAGCGCGGUGAAGACGAACGGCGAAAACUAUCAACAACUUUUAGGAGUGUUGCACUGAGGUGAACGCCAGACGGGGACUCCAAACUUAAAGGGCAUCAAACAAACCAAACUCGUAUCAAAAAGAGACGGAACGAACUUCCGGUGCGACGCUCAUUUGUAAAGGAAAGUCACUGUGAUGUGGCGGACAAUGUUUUGGCCGCCACCUCCAGCUGCGUGGGUGAUUGUUUAACCAGAAUGAGGAUGCAUCCAUUGUGAUGAGGCAGCGUGCGUGUCUGUGUGAGUCCUCCUACUGUACAACAACCUGUGUGUGCGAAUUUGUGUGGAUGUUGUUUUGUCAGCAAAAAGAAGCCUCCCUUGUCUUUAUUUUUAGCAGUGCUGCUUCAGUUGAGCUAGGAGGGUCCGCUCGGGUUUCCUCUCAAAGUCAGUCUGUCGCCAACAUGCCCCUCUGAUUGACCUCCAUCCUCCUCCUCCGCCCGAAGAAUCCACUUUUCUCCACCGUGACAGAAUGAACCGGUUUCUCCUUGUUACAGACCGGGACGCUCCCUAUUUUAGGGCUGCAUAGCUGAGGUGUAAACAAAGACAACAACAAAAAUGCAGAUAUUUGAACAUUAAAGCAUUGUUGCUCACCUCCAGACACUUUAAUCAUUGCAAGACACAAAGUUUCAUCUGUAAAUGAAUGCAAAAGAAUGUCCAAAACAUCCUUUUACAUUCAAUGUUUACUCCGACCACAUUACAAACAUCGAUGCAUUCCGCUGAGUGAUACUUUUUUACAAUUUUUUUAGUAAUAAGAAGCUUUUAUGACAUCAUAACAAACCAAAACAGAAGAUGACCAACAUUUUUCAGCUGCUCCUUUAAAGGCCCAUACUGAUAUGUACACAAUAACAACAAACAAAAAUCUGAAGCAGAUACACAAAAACAAUAUCCAACAACUGCUCAUGCAACAAAUACUCCAUUUAAACUAUGUUUGUACUCAGUUUAGGAUGACUGACAGGUUUAAUGGUGUUUUAAAUGACAUUUGUGAAGACUCAAUGCAGCCAAUGAAAAGACAAACUUUCUUUACAGAGAACAGAACUGUUGCAACACUCUUAUUCCCAUUAUGUCGCAUGCUUAAGGACCACUCCGCAUUAAACUUGAUGUUUUUGGUGUCCCAGGCUCGUUUUUUGACGUGCUGGCUGUUCCGGUUAAAUUAAGGUUCCCCAACUUCUGGGUCGCAAACCGACACGGGGGCGUGGACCACACCGGGACCCUAACCCUAACCUUAACCCGGUACCCAGUUCCGGACGUGGAGAGAAUAGGGUUAACCCUCGUUUCCACUGAGCAGUCUGGUACGGGACUAGUAAAAUGGCGCGGUCUAGUUAAUUCUGCCGAGCGUCUCCUCUCAGUUACGCCUCUCUUCCACUAAGUGGUUUGUUUUCACGGCGCAUCGUGGUGUAGACCGCUAGCGUGUCAUUACGUCAUUGAAGUGUGACGACUACCAAAGCACCAACAAUGGAGGACAUCCAGCAGCUCGUCUUUUUGUGUCUUCACUUGUUGUACAUUGUGUAGAAAAGGAAUUUAAUGUUGUUUAAAGAAGAUUGCGAUUAGCUAAGAAGAACAGCGCCUUAAAGAGGAAAACAGAAUCGCUAGCUUAGCGCUACACUGGUGCUUUCUGAUGUACAUGUAAACAUCAUUUUAAAUAGAAAAGUCAUUAACAUGAAUCAAGUAUAAUAAUUUUUAAAAAAAUGUGCCGAUAAUUUUCAUUAGAAAGAGGCCCUCAAGAGGUACGGGUCAGAACUGUUUAAUGGGUCCAUUUUACAACAGAAACGCUCAAAAUACUGGACCAAAAUGGACUGUACCGAACUGCUCAAAGGAAAAGAGGCUGUAAAGUACCGGGUUAGGGUGUCGGUACCAAACGCAUCCCGAGGUUCGGUCCGCGUCAGAUAAAACCACCUGAUUUAACUGGAACAGCCAGUGUGUCAAAAAAUGACGAGUUGGGAAUAAGAAUGUUUUGGAUAUAAACACCAAGAAAAAGUAUGUUCAGACAAAAGAAUAUCACAGCAUUUAGGAGACAUUAGUUAUUUCUUUGCAGAUGAUGGUCCACAAAAUGUAGAAGUAACAGCUCACCUGCUAAAGUGCAGAACAGGCUCAUUUUACUUAUUAAAUUGCUUCAUAAGCCAAAUUUAAAAUAUAUAUUUUUAAGUCAAAACCACACGUAUUGUAUAUGGAAAAAUAAUAUGGUCCUUGCCAUCAGUACCUGAUGCUGCGGGCCAUAAAUAUACAUUUCUUUGAUAGGCUGCACCGUUACCUCAUUGUUUGGAACGUGUGGAUAAAAAGUGCAUUCCUGCUUUUUCCGGUCUUUCUUGAUGCCUUUUCUGAACCCAUUAAAAUGACAACCAACCAGCCGACGCUGAGGGAGCACCAGCUGUUAUUACAACACAUCCAUACUGUAGCUCCGCUCUACCGCUCAGACGGCUAAAAGCCUGCAGAUGCAGCUCCGCUGAGAGUUGAUCAGAAAGGCAAUUAGCCUCAUGAUAGCUCCUAAUGGGCCGGAGAAGACUGGAGUGUGGGAGGGGGACAGGAUGAGGGGAGAUGUGGGGUUUCUUUGGCGGAUGGAGAUUACAUAUGAGAGCAAAGAAAGGUGUUGGAGGAAGAGGAUGUGGAUGACGUGCAUGUUUGGAAAAAAAAUAAAAACAGAAGCAAAGCUGCGUCUUUUAAUGCAACAGAAUGUUUUUAUGGCGGGAGUGACAAAACAACAUUUACUCAGUUUUUUGAGCCCGUUUGAGUGUUGUAACUUUUGAGAGAAUGUUUGCACGCAUGAGUGAGAAUGUCCCGUUAAGCACAGCCAUACCAACUCUGUUACAUGUUACUUUGCUAUAUUUUUAUAUGUAAAUAUGGCUUGUAAAAAUAUUUUUCAUUUCACUUUUUUCUUUCCAUAUGAGUGAUACAAAUCUUUUAUAUUAUUCAUAACAAUUUACUGUCAUGAUGUGACAUUUUCAGGAACUUUUGGGGCAACUCUGCACACUAAUUCCCCUUUGACAGAAUCAAUAUGCAAACUCCUCGAACAGACGGAGGAAACUGUCCUGCUUCCGCUAGCAUGAUUAGACAAGCGUUGCCCUGAAUGUUCCUGUGCCCAUCACUUUCACAGAAAACGUAUUUUCGUUUAAGCCACGCCCUAAUAAUGCAGAUUUAUCUGAAAGUUAAGUUGCAUGCAGCUCUGAAAGAUCCUGCUUAAAAAGUCAGCACAAGAGCUUCCAUGUUUACCAGAUUGAGCCGCAUUAGCGUGGACGAGCUCCUUUUCUGCUGCAACGACACACUGCUUUGUUUUACAGUUUCACCUGCUUUUCAAUGUAAACUGGACUGACACAGAGGGACGCAAAACGCUAACUCACAUCCAUGAAUUCUAACUUUACUGAAAUAUUCAGCUAGCUUACAAAAAACUGUCUUACAAGGCCAACUUUGUGCUUUCAAAUGUAAAUACAAGCAACAACAGAAGAAGAAGCAGACGCGAACAACCACCUGGUGUCUUGGUACAUUGUUUUUCUGUGUGCACAAACCCCGAAACAUUUGUAACAUUCCUCCUGCAGGAAAUCUAAUCCUGUCCGUUCACAGGCUGCCGGUGUAACCACUCCACUCCUCCUCUUGUGUCUUAGUGAGCAACGCUUCUGGUACAGAUUGGCAUCUUGUUUGUUGUAAAACAAAAAUAAUAAGGAGAAUAUAUAGAACAAAAAUAUAUAAACAUAUAAAUCUAUCUAUAAGAUAUAUUAUAUACAGAACCAUAUGCAUUUCACACAUGCGUUUCAUUGCAGUUAUUGCUUCAUCAAUAUUUAUUUUAAUGGUUGCAACAAUAGUGGAAACACUGAUCAUGAGGUUAUUUAUUUGACACUGAAAAGUGGAGAUGAAGAGCACCAAUUUUUGUUGAGUGUUUUUGUCUUUAAUUUGUUCCUCUCGGUGUGGUGUGACUGCUGCUGCCCUCAAGGCUAAAGACGAACCAAUAAAAACAAGUUUCAAACACAACGA